AUGUCCAACCCCAAUGCGUCUCUCGUCUUAGUUCCGAGCCGAACCAUUCCUUAUGAGCCGUCUUUCAUCGUCAAGUUUCUCUCGUGUUUCGCUGUCGUCGCUUUCGUAAACGCAGUCAUGCUCGUCCAAGAAGCUGAGAGGUCUUACAACGAGGCGCACAUCGACGAUGCGGAGAGAUUUGAAGAUGCCGAGGACAGCAACGACGAAGAUGAUGAAGAAGAUGAAUAUGAAGAGCACGGCGAGCAGCCGGAAGAAGUGGAGGUCGAGGAGGGAGCCGCUUACGAAAUUCGUUCAACGCAGAUCAACAUUCACAUACACCGGGGUGGAAGCAUGUACAUCAACAUGAUGCAGGGUGGAACGUUGCAUGUUAAUGUUUUCGGGGAGGUGGAAGGCUUGGAGUGGGAAUGGCGAUAG